GUCAACGUUACAGAGAUUUACUCAGAACUAGUGUCAGGCCAAAUCACGCCUUCAUCUAAUCUUUGGAUUUAUCGUUGUCAGACUUUCCUUGUGAGAUGGAACGGCAAUGCGGAAGUUGUAAUUCAACCCCUUUUCGUAACUUGGCCUGGAUUUCUUGAUGGAAAAAACGAGUAGCUUGUCUUAUAACUAGGGGGGGGGGGGUGUGAAGUUUUUUUUUUUUUUAGGGAAAACCCUUUUUUUUCUGGGACUGCUGACGCGUCCUGCGUGCCGAACCUGUGGAUUCCAAAGCCUCGCAGCUUCCACCAUGUUUCUUCACUUUUUAGCUUUAUGGGUCUUUGUUUCACAGGCUGACUGUUACUUCUCGGAGGAAAAGUAUCCGGAGGAGUCGAAAAUGCAGCCUCCGACCGUGGUUGUCGCGAUAAUAGCCCGCAACAAUGCUCACUCCCUGCCGUACUACCUCGGAGCUCUGGAGAGACUCAACUACCCCAAAGACCGCAUCACUGUGUGGGCGGCCACGGAUCACAACACGGACAACUCCACAGCCAUUCUGAAAGAGUGGCUCACUGUCAUGCAGAAGUUUUACCAUUAUGUCGAGUGGAGACCGAUGGACAAGCCCACGUCGUAUGCGGGAGAGUUGGGUCCAAAACACUGGCCCAACAGCAGAUACGAGUAUGUAAUGAAGCUGAAACAGGCAGCUCUCAACUUUGCCAGAAAACGCUGGGCCGAUUACAUUCUGUACGCUGACACAGACAAUAUUCUCACCAACCCAGAGACACUCAACCUGCUGAUAGCAGAGAACAAGUCUGUCAUCGCUCCCAUGCUCGACUCUCAGGGAGCGUACUCCAACUACUGGUGUGGUAUCACUCCUCAGGGAUAUUAUCGCCGAACAGCAGAGUAUUUCCCAACCCGACAUCGCCACAGACUGGGCUGCUUCCCCGUCCCCAUGGUCCACUCCACCAUGCUGCUGGAUUUAAGGAAGGAAGGCAUGAAGAAGCUGGCCUUCUUCCCUCCUCAUGAUGACUACUCGUGGCCUUAUGAUGACAUCAUUGUGUUCGCCUUCUCCUGCCGGGCUGCAGAGAUACAGAUGUACCUGUCUAACAAGGAGCGCUAUGGCUACCUUAACGUCCCGGCAAAACCUCAUCACACCCUGGAGGAUGAUCGCCUCAACUUUGUCCAUGUUCAUCUCGAUUCAUUAAUUGAUGGUCCUCCAAUGCAUCCCUCCCGCUUUGUCCACAUGUUCCCCAAACAGAGAGACCUCAUGGGCUUUGAUGAGAUAUAUCUGAUUAAUCUGCGGCGACGUAAGGACCGCAGAGACCGCAUGCUGCACUCUCUGAACGAGCUGGAGGUUGAUGUCAAGGUGGUGGACGCUGUGGAUGGAAAUGCACUGAACAGCAGUGACAUAAAGAUCUUGGGUGUGGACCUGCUGCCAGGCUACUACGACCCCUUCUCUGGACGCACGCUGACCAAAGGAGAGGUGGGCUGCUUCCUCAGCCACUACUUUAUCUGGAAGGAGAUGGUGGAUUUGCAGAUGGAUAAGGCGCUGGUCUUUGAGGACGACGUUCGUUUCCAGGCCAACUUCAAACGACGAGUCCUCAGAUUGAUGGAGGAGGUGGAGCAGGCUGAGCUGGACUGGGACAUUAUAUACUUGGGCAGGAAGCAGGUGAAUCCUGGAAAAGAGGAGGCAGUGGAGAACGUUCGAAACCUGGUGAUGGCUGACUACUCGUAUUGGACUCUGUCCUAUGCCAUCUCCCUGCAGGGAGCCCAAAAACUGCUCAAUGCUGAGCCUCUGUCCAAGAUGCUGCCUGUUGAUGAAUUCCUCCCCAUCAUGUAUGACAAGCAUCCAAACGAGAACUACAUGUCCCAUUUCCCCAACAGAAACUUACAAGCCUUCAGUACACGCCCCCUUCUAGUUCAGCCUUGUCACUUCGCCGGUGACCCAGAGUGGGUCAGCGACACAGAGACGUCGACUCUGUGGGACGACGACUCAGUACGCACAGAUUGGAGGGGUUCCCACAAGACCCUGAAAGGGGCCGCUCCACCCGAGAUGCUUUCAGCUGCCUACAAGGACGAACUGUAGUACGAACAGACGGUGCUGGACGUGUGUCAAAGGUCAGGAGUUCACACAGCGAGACCCUGAGAAGAGCGUUCAGUGUUUUCAGACUUUAUUUCAAUCCACUCUGUGUCACAUCACUGACAUGCUCAGUAUCAUGCAAACUGGACUUUGUUUUUUCAAAGCAUGUAAGCAGGUGUUUGAUACAAAAUGAUUUAGUGUAUUUUUAGUGGGAAAUAAACAAGGGAUGGUGAAAGAGAGUGUGUUUAAAGAUUUGUAAAACAAUGUGUUUUAAUACUUGUACAGAUAUCUUAACAAAACUCAUUUUUCUCUUUCAUUUCUCUUUUCCAGUGUUGCUUUAUCCAUCAGUCUAUCCAUUUUUUCUCUCCCAUUUUUGCAUGUCUUACCUCUUUCUUAUCUUUAACAGAUAGAGUUAUGUAUUACAGAAUAGCUCGACUGACCUAAAUCAACAUCUUUCAUGACUUUUUGAACAGAUUAAAAGCUGAGGUACCUCAUAGUUUUAAGGAAUGUAUGUGACUGUUCAAGUGCUUUAUUCAGGAAAUAUGUUAGUUUAACACAUUGAAUGUUUGUAUCUAAAUAAUUAAAGUAUUUCAAAAUGUU